ACUAAUCGUACUCAUAGUUUAAAUCUGACUAAACUUAGAAAGACUUGGGUGCAAGUAGAACAUACAAUGAGUUCAGACAUUGCAGAGUUUGCUGUUUUACCAAAUGGAACGAAGUAUCCUGUUAUUGGGUUAGGAACCCAUAAUGUAACGGGUGGACCUGGUUCAGUCAGGAAAGCAGUGAAGUAUGCCAUAGAUAUCGGGUACAGGAGUGUUGAUUGUGCCUAUGCAUAUGAAAACGAAAAGGAAGUAGGAGAUGGUAUACAGGCCAAGUUAGAUGACGGUACAAUUAAAGAUAAAAAAGAAAUGUUUAUCACGACUAAGCUAUGGAACACACAUCAUAAUCCACGGCAUAUAAAGGAAAAUUUCCAGAAAUCGUUGGAUAAUCUUAAAGUGAACUGUGUCCAGCUGCUGGUCAUUCACUGGCCUAUUUCACUUAAGGACGGAGAUGAUUUGUUUCCCAAAGAUAAAAAUGACCAGAUGAUGUUUGCGAAUCACGACAUAAUAGAUACAUGGAAGGGUAUGGAAGAAUUAGUUGAUGCUGGCAUGGCAGAGAAUAUAGGGUUGUCUAACUUUAACAAGUCACAGGUAGAACGUAUACUACAAAGUGCCAGGAUAAAACCAUGUAAUCUGCAGGUGGAAAUACAUCCUUAUUUCUCAAAUAGGAAGCUUGCGAAUUUCUGCUUGUCAAAAGGCAUUACAGUGACGGCUUAUGCACCUCUAGCAAACCCGGACAGUCCUUUGCGAACGGGGAAAGAACCAAGUAUAUUUGACGAACCUGUACUUAAGGAUAUUGCUCAAAAGAAAGGCAAAACCAUAGCACAGGUAGUUUUGAGAUUUAUAUUACAGCGCAAUAUCAUUGUAAUUCCAAAAUCUGUAACGCCUUCUAGAAUCAAGGAGAAUUUUGAUGUGUUCAGUUUUUCCUUGUCACCAGACGAGAUGGAACAAAUAUGGGCAUUAGAUAAAUAUCCCCGAAUAUGGAUAGAGAAGUGGGCAAGUGAACACAAAGAGUAUCCAUUCCAUGAAGAAUUCUAAAGAACCGUUUUCUUUAUAAAGAACACUUUUACUUACCGGAAAAAACUUAAGCUGUAUUUUCAUUUUUCUCUUUUUUUAUUCCUUUUUAUAUUCUG